AUGGGGUGUACCUUUGUGAACAUAAAUUGGGUGUACAAAUAUGAUAUGUGCACCGAGGAUUACGCUGAUGCAUCCAACUUACAUAUUGUUCCAGAGUGCCCUGUCAUCGCCAAUACGUCUUCUUACACCGUCAACUUACCGGAAGAAAGACAACCGGGGACAGUUUUGACUUUUGCCUGUCAUCUCGGGACCGUCAAUACAUCCGGAAAUCUUUCCAGGACAUGCCUGAACGCUACCGUACCCGAUUGGAGUGGAGAUAUCCCCGUGUGCAGCCCCGUCACAUGUGCCAAUCCAAGCACGCAGUUGAACACAGACUUUUCCCUAAUCCCGCCACUUACAGCUCCAGUAUACGGAACUAUGGCGAUCUACGGUUGUGAUGCGGGGUAUAUGCCUGUUGGGAAUGGCACAAUUACGUGUCAAUCUGAGGGUACCUGGACGGAUCUGGAGCUCGUAUGUGUUUAUGAGACAUGCGGUCUCCCACCCGAUGUGGCGAAUGGAUCGUUUAAGGUUUAUACACGAAACAGAUUAUAUGUUGAUCUUAUUCCAUUUAGAGCCAUCUAUUCGUGCAAUGCUGGCCAUGUUCUUUCUGGAAAUAGUAUUGUAACGUGUGACUCAAACGAUGACGGAUGGACCGGAACACCACCGACUUGUACCUUUGUUGAUUGCGGUAUCCCAUUAAACCUGAAGUAUGGUCAGUUUGCCUAUAAUGAAACGUACUAUGGUAGCGUGGCGGUUAUAGAAUGCGAUGCCUCAAAUGAAUUAUCAGAACACUCCACUAUUUCAUGUAAUACAGAAGGCGAAUGGAUUGGAAACGUGAGUUGCCCAUUGCCAUUGUGUGAAACACCAUCGACACCAGUGAAAGGCGACGUAUUCUUCUCCUCCUUAGAAAUAAAUGCUACCGCCUCGUUCACGUGUCAAGAUGGAUACGUGUUAAACGGCGCGAUGAAUAGAACUUGUUUAGAUAAUUUGCAGUGGAGCUUCAUAGAACCAACUUGUGUCAUAGUCGACUGCGGAAUUCUUUUAAACCCUGAUAAUGGCUCUGUUAAUCUUACAUCAGGGACUACGUUUCAGCAAGAUGCAAGCUAUUCGUGUGACAUUGGCUUUACGCUUGUUGGCAGUGACAAAAGAGUAUGUCUAGAGGACGGAACAUGGAACGAGAGUGAGCCUGUUUGUCAACUUGUUGAUUGUGGCCUCCCUCCAGCACUUCAUAACGGCUCCUACAGCUCAUCUUCUGGUACCGUGUACCUAAGCCAACUUGUGUACUCGUGCAAUAUAGGUUUUACUAUUUCCAGAAACGACACCAUCGUUUGCUCUCAUACUGGUGUAUGGAACGGCACUAUGCCACGAUGCACAGCAGUUGACUGUGGACCAGUUACAGCACCAGACAACGGUGAAGUUGUGUUUCCUGGAGGUGACGUGAUCGCAACUACCUCCAGCAAACCAAACCUUAAACCUCUCUACAUCAUGCCGUGCUUGUGCAAUCCACACAAGGCGUUUGCUGGACUCACUCAAGACGAGAUCAUUGAGCAGCUUGUUCGGAACACCUCUGUUGAAAAGAAGAACACCUCCGCAUUCCUUAACAAAUACAUAAGCCGGGAAGAUAACCGCCCAGUUAGCGUUACUACAGGGUUUGCCAGCGUGUGUGUCAUCAGCACUAUGCUCGCGGUAAUUGUGUGCUCGGAUAUAAGGAACUUCGUACGGCAUAUGAAUAAUUAUGGAUCCAUCUUUGUCCGAUCUCGCAAAAAUAAAAACAAAUAG